GACUGAUGGACGUUUUCUACUUGGAGUACUUCAAUUAGCAAUUUAAAAAAAAAAAAAACAGAGGGCAAUUGCUUUUGAUUGAACUGUGAAGGAACCUGAAAAGUGUGAUUUUAUUUUAGUCCCAAUAUAUAUAUAUACAGGAAGAGCUCUUUAAUCUGUUUACUUGUAUUUUUAUGUGAGGGUACAAACUGGCAUGAUCAUAAAAAAACAAGGGUGAAGUCAUACGAUUCUGUUUAUGCCACCCCCGCUGAUCAAGCUUUAUGUAUUUAUUGCCUUUUAUGACUGUGUGGGUGUCUAUGGGACAUUGGAAAUCAGUAUUUAUUUGUGUCCUGUCAACGAUGAGGUAGGCGGGCUAUGAAAGAUUGGAUGUCCAGCGCAGUACCAGCGCGCCCUCUAGUGGCUGGUGAGAGCCUGUGAGAGCUCGUAUCUAAGGAAACAGUCCCUAUAGAAACCGUAACGCGAACCGUGCGCUGCAGCUUUAAACUGCGGCUCUCGACGUCUGUUAGUUUACAGGCGGAUGUUUUUUUUUAUUUUUCAUGUAACUUUACGGAGUUACAGUCAGAAUGGCUCAUAACAGAAGUUAUCGUCUUAAGGUGAAAAUAGGAAACUGGAAUGAAGACCUGGUCCGAGAGGAGGAUGCAAUGAAAGAAUAUUUUGAAAAGAAGGAGAACGGAGACCUUCUUAUCCAGAAAGUGGACUUCCUCAAACAAAACAUUUUGGAGCAGGUGAAUCUCUCCGUGUCAAGCGAUGGGCGGCUGCAUUUUGGGGACGUUGUGAUGUUGGUGAAUUUGGGAGGAGAAAACCAGCCACGCAGCGCCGUCAGCAUCAACGCCGAUGUUGGCAGCCUGACGAAGACGCUAUCGCCUGGCAUCCAGACACCGUGUGGGGUCUGCGCAGGAAGCGGUAUUCAACCCUGCGUUCGCACUGCUUUUAUCAUCACCAGUGUUGAUGGCAGCCCUGAAGGAUCCAGUCUGCAUUUUGACCAGUGUUUUGCUCUGAGAACAACAGGUGGCUUUGCCAGAGGACUUUACUUGACCAGUGAUCUACAAAGUUUCCAAAAGCGUUCAAAGAUGUCUGGCUUUCAAGAAGUGUACCUGGAUGACAGCAUGUGCUUUCUGUCAUGGUGGAAGAUAGUGUACUUUGACCCCCAGGAAAGGCUUGAAUAUGAGGGUCAGCCAGUUCCUGCUAACGAGAAGGUGCUGAUCGUACACUGCAAGACAAACCAAGCCCUUGCUGCUCUGGGUGAUCAGCCUCUUUGGACUGCUUACGGGAAAGAAUAUGAAGUGACAGCUCACACAUUCCUUGACUCCCAUAAAGCUGAAGAGCAGGUCAAUCACUGGAUCCUGUGCACUUCUGAUCCCCCUGGGGAGGGACUUGUAGCACUGAGGCAGGAGGAAACUGCAGCUAACCACUAGCAGCUCGGCUAUGCUUGUGCAGGCUUUUGAAUGUAGUAGCUCCAACUCUUUUAACUUGCAAAAACAGCAUAAACAUUGCCUGAAAUUCUCACAAUAAAAACCCUUUUCUAACUGGA